GUCACCUCUUUCCCUACUUACUGUUUCUUUUCCACUUUAGGAAAUACCAUUCCUUGAUCCAGGAUCAGGCUCGAGAGCUGACCCACCUGAGGCAAAAGAUGAGGAUGGGGAGAGCUUUCUCUUCCCUUCUCAUCCAGCAUGUCAGGAAUACGGUGAGAACCUUUGAGGAGCUCCUUAGCAGCAGUAGAGUUGACCGCUACAUGGAACAGCACUUCCGUGAGCAGCUGACCAAGGGGAGCCAACUGGCAGAGAUCCUUACCAGCAAAUUCAGCACAGGUAACUGUACAAGUGAGAAGAAUCAAGCAACACAGAUGCUGCGGACCCUCAGUCUCUUAAGGGAGAUGCAUAAGAAGGGUAAAGUGACAGAAAUCCUAAGGACCAGGCAGGAGGCCCAGCCCCACACUCUGCCUCAGAUCCACUCCAGCAACCAUGGCCAGUCUGCCACCCAUCUGUCCUCCAGCAGCACCUCCCUGCUUCAUGAAGAACAAGAAGAACGCCCUUCAGUGGAUGUGGCCAGUGAGUGCCCUUACCGUGUCCAGUUGCUAGGUGCUUGCUCCUUUGUCUACACCAAAACAACAGGGGCUGACCUACUGGAAAAGAAUCUUGUGGAGAUCCAGAACCUGCGCCAGCGCCUGGAGGAGUCCAUCUGCCUCAACGACCGCCUGCAGGAGAGGCUGGAACACGUGCUCAGCUGUGCUGACAAAGGAAAAAACUUUCCACAUGAUGCUGUCACUCGGAGACCAAUACUUGCACAUCCCUUCUCCUUUGCCAAGCUCAGAAGAAUGGCGGCCAGGGCCCUACAACAUGCCAGUAGCAGCUAA